AUGAAGCUAUAUAUGUUACCCAAGCGGUUUUAUGCGGACAAAGGUAGACGAGGGAAAAGGAAGUUCGUUGACCCUGUAAUUGUUAAACAUACGAAGAGUACCAAGGAAGUCGUGGACGUCUACAGCGAUAUGACGGCCAAGGAGCUUGCUGAAGCGUUAAACGUAGAUUUGGACCUUGUUGUGGAAUCCUUAAUCGAGAUGGACAAACAGAAUCUGGAUUUGAUCGCGGAAGAUAAGCCACUAGAUAAAGAACAUUUGGUUAAGGCAGUUGCACUUUUCAAAUGCAAACCGCGUCUCGUCUCUAGGCCGCACAAGAAAGAUGAAUCGGACACUGAUGAUGUUUUACCGCAGCCCCCUCCAGACCCAUCGGAGUGUGUCAAACGACCGCCAGUGGUAACCAUUAUGGGUCAUGUCGAUCAUGGAAAAACCACGCUUCUUGAUGCAUUACGAAACAGUCACAUAGUUGCUGGAGAAUUUGGUGGAAUCACGCAGCACAUUGGAGCAUUUUCAGUAGAUUUCAAAGGAGCUGGCCGUAAAGUGACGUUUUUGGACACGCCUGGCCACGCGGCAUUUGCAGCUAUGCGGGCUCGAGGGGCGAAAGGCGCUGAUAUUGUAGUUUUGGUUGUGGCAGCUGAUGAUGGUGUGAAAGAGCAAACUGUGCAAAGCAUCAAAUUUGCUCAAUCUGCCGGCGUUCCAAUAGUUGUGGCCGUCAACAAAUGCGACAAACCAAAUGCAGAUCCGAUGCGAGCAAAGCGCUCUCUAUUAGAGCACCAUGUGGUGGUGGAGGAAUUGGGUGGAGAUGUUCAAUGUGUUGAAGUUUCCGCUCUGCAUUCUAAAAAUCUUCCGGCACUGCAAGAGGCGCUGCUAAUGCAGGCUGACUUGAUGGGAUUGCAAAGUACUCCAAAAGGAUUAGUUGAAGGAGUGGUUAUCGAAUCAUCGGUAGUUCACGGAAUCGGUAAAGUUUGUACGGUGGUGGUGACUCGCGGUACUUUACGGAAGAAUGCUAUUCUUGUUGCUGGUGGAGCGUGGAGUCGGGUACGUACGAUGACGAAUGAAACUGGGCAACACUUACAGGAGGCGGGACCUAGUACACCAGUUAGGAUUUCUGGUUGGAAAGAAGAUAUUCCGACGCCGGGAGAAGUGAUAUUGGAAGUGCCAUCCGUAGAUCGUGCUCAGCGAGCUGUGAAAUUUCGCGCUGAAAAAGAAAUGGCGGAGAAGGCGGAAAAGGACUGGGAAGCGAUUGAAGAGCAGCGGAAAGAGGAGCGUGAAAAAUAUCUAGCUAAUCGCCAGAAACUUCUUGACAAGCUUCGUACUGAUGUAGAAGGGACGUUGGAGGCAAUUCUGAACGUGAUCGAUACCUAUGAUAGCGAAAAGUGCAAGUUCCAAUUAGUUGAUUUCGGUGUUGGUCCACCAACAAAUAUGGAUGUGGAAAUGGCAAAAGAGACUGGAGCUCUAAUCUACCUUUUCAAUGUGGAGCCGCCUGCUGCUAUUCGAAGGCAGGCUGAACAGGACGGUGUUCGCAUAGAAUUAUACAAUGUUAUUUAUCGACUCGUCGAGGCUUUGAAGGACGAGUUGUCUCAGCAACUACCCGCUCUCACUGAAAUGGAGCUUGUUGGAGAAGGUCAUGUGCUCAAGGAAUUUCAAAUCUCUGACCGCAACCGAAAAAGACAACCCAUUGCAGGCGUGCUCGUUGACUGGGGAAAUUUCCAAAAGAAUUGCAUUUUCAAAUUCUUACGUGCUGGGAAACCGUUUUAUGAGGGAGGGGUGGAAUCGAUGAAACAACAGGCAGAAAUGGUGAACACAGCAAAAACAAACACCGAGGUAGGCAUUGCCCUCGAAGAUAAAAGUAUACGAUUCAAAGAAGAUGAUACCGUCGAAGUGUACAGGAAAAAGGAAGUGCCACAGAUGAUCGACUGGAAUCCUCCCGGUUUCUAA